AUGGUGUCCAACGAAGCUGCGAGUGGUGAUGACUGGGAGAAGGCCGAGGGCGUACCCAGCCUAAGCGAGCCGUUCAUUCAGAAGUACUUAUCGGGGAGAGAUGCAUUGGUCCAGCAGGAGAAGAAGCAGCGAAGUGACUAUCUUUUCCGUCAAAACCUCUCGCCCAUGGCCCAAGAGGCGGCAGCAAUAGUCUCUCAGAUUCGGUUCCAGGAGCAACAAACCCUCUGGACAAGAGAGUACGAGGACAGUCUCCUCACUCAACACGUUGAUGUUUUCCCUGGUAUGAUGUUCUCGCUCGCGAAAGACCGUAUGGAGAAGAGCAAGCUUUGGCAGAUUGUCAAAAAGAUGCCGAAAGGAACCUUACUGCACUGCCACAUCGAAGCCAUGGUAGACAUUGACUGGGCCCUGGAUGAGGGUUUCAACACAGCAGGUGUUGCUGUAAUCGCAGACGGACCUCUUACAGACGAGCAUACACGGCGGAAGACAGGCUUCUCUUUCGUGUAUUCAAAGAACGCCAAGGAGGAUACAUCAAUCUGGUCUGCAGACUAUACUGCCAAGACUCCUGUGCCGAUCAAUGCGGCUGCCGACAGCUUUCCUGAUGGAGGCAAGAAGGGCUUCGUGGAAUGGGUACGAUCUCGAGUCACAAUCACACCGUCAGAACACCUUUCGCACCACGAAGGACCUAAUGAAGUCUGGCGAAAAUUCAUGUCCUGUUUCCCUAUUCUUGGCUCGCUCAUCUACUAUGAGCCUAUAUACCGCAAAUUCAUCCGAAAAAUGUUCAAGACCCUCUUGGACGAUGGCGUAUAUUGGGUCGAUAUGCGCUCAGCGUUCUUUACCCUUUACCGAAGCACUGGACAAGAGGACUGGGACCCUGACUUCUUCAACAUGCUAGAUCACCUAAGUGACGAGCUCGAAAGGUUCAAGAAAAGCGAAGAGGGCAAAGACUUCUGGGGUGCGCGCAUGAUCUGGACUACAAUUCGACAGUUCGACAAGAAGGCGGUCAUCGAGAGCAUGAAAGCAUGCAUCGAUAUGAAGCUUGAGUUCCCGGAGAUCAUUGCUGGCUACGACCUUGUUGGACAGGAAGACCUGGGCCGGCCACUCGCUGAUCUCGCACCAGAACUUUUCUGGUUCCGCAAGCGAUGUGUGGAGGAGGGCGUUGAUAUACCCUUCUACUUCCACGCUGGCGAAACUCUUGGUGAUGGCGACAGCACGGAUGAGAACCUGUUCGACGCCGUGCUUCUUGGAACUAGAAGAAUCGGGCAUGGAUUCAGCUUGUACAAGCACCCUCUGCUGAUCGACAUGGUCAAAGAGAAGAGGAUACUGGUGGAGAGCUGUCCUGUGUCGAACGAAGUUCUGCGUCUUUGCAGCUCGAUCAUGUCUCAUCCGCUGCCUGCACUGCUAGCCCGUGGCGUUCCUUGUUCGCUCUGUAACGACGACCCAACGAUCCUUGGCCAGGGUGUAUCUGGUAUGUCGCACGACUUUUGGCAAGCGCUCCAAGGGUGGGAGAACCUCGGGCUUGAGGGCUUGGGUAGCCUGGCAGAGAACAGUGUGCGGUGGGCAAGCUUCGAUGACCUCAGCGCAAAGGAGUGGACACAGGAUAUCAAAGACGGCAUGAUGGGUAAGGGCGAGCGCGCCAAGAGGCUGAAGGAGUGGACGCAGAGGUGGGAAAGGUUCUGCGCAUGGAUUGUUGAGGAGCACGGUGUUGACGUUGACGUUGAGCCGGAGGAGUGA